GUCGUGGAAACCUGGAAGAAUCUAUUCGUUUCAUCACGAAUUUUCGGCCACAAAGUACUCAUCACUUGGUAACAAUGGAAAAAUUUUCAAACCCCGAGUUCCUGAGGGAAUUUAUUGAGUUGUACCAGUCUUUUCCAUGUUUGUGGAAAGUAAAAUCGGGGGACUACAUGAACAGGAUCAAACGUGACAAGGCAUAUGCAGAAUUGAUAAGCCUCUGCAAAUCUGUUUGCUCGUCGGCCGAUCUUCAAUAUGUAAAGACGAAGAUAGCAAAUUUAAGGACUGUUUUUAAAAAAGAAAUGAACAAAGUACAGGCCUCAAAAAAAUCAGGUGCCUCUGCGGAUGACAUCUAUGUGCCAAGAUUGUGGUACUAUGAUCUGCUAGUGUUCACAGUGGAUCAAGAGGUGGCAAGGGACUCCAGGUCCAACUUUUCAAAUCAGGGCCUUGAAAAACAACAAUCGACUGAGGCUAGCCCAGCAGAGGAUGUGACAGAUGUGACAGCACAGAGUAGCAGAGCUGCAGAUAUAGAAGUUGAGGACCAAACAGAACAUCUGGCCCAGAUUCCACAGAGCAGUACUUUGAUAGAAGAAGGUAGUCAACAUGAAAUGGCAGGUGCAAAGGGUUCACAGGGUAGAAACAGAAAAAGAAAAAACAAUCCCUCCACACAACAGCUGUUACACGAUGCAGAAACCUUACUGAACACAAAGUCUGAUGAGUUUGACGCCAUUGGUUUUACAGUUGCGUCCAAACUCAGGAGGAUGGACGAAGAGCAGCGGCAAUUUGCCGAAUAUAUCAUUAAUGAAGCGCUGCAUAGAGGGUUUAGGAAAACACUUCGUGAAAGCACAAGACUCACAGACUACACCACUACUGAUUACAGGAAUUACAACAGUUUUCCGCAAGCACCAUUACAACAGUAUCCCCCAAAUGCAAACAUGCACCAGAUAUGUACACCGCCUUCCGCUUCUCCAUACGAGCAGCAAACUACAUGGACAUCCAUGCUGUCACCUAUACCCCCAAACAAUGGACACAACAACAUGUCUAGCUGCGAGACGGAGAAGCAACAUUUGCAUUAUUCACAUCUGUGAACCAGCUAUUGUGGACCUGGACUUAUUAUUGUGGACCUGGGCUUUGUGCACUUUCUCAUUUUGGUUUUUUGUAUAAUAGCUCUUAUAUUGUAAAACUGUUGCGUUAUAGUUGUUUUUGAAUUCCCAAUAAAUGUUUUUUUACUACUCACUCAUUCAAUGGUAUGGUAAUAUUAUUGUUAAUGAAAAAAAAAAACAUUUACCUUUAAAUAUUCCGCUUUCAGUGAUUCAAUGAUGGCAUGACACGUUUCUGGAAUUAUGCGCCCCAAAGCCUGUGCAGAAAUUCCUGUUGUGAACUUUAAAUCUUCAAAUGACCUCCCUGUUGCUAGAUAUCGAAGUGUUGCAAUUAGUCUCUGCUCUGCAGGUAUUGAUUGCCUCAUACAUGUGUCUUGUUUGGAAAUCAUUGGUGCCACUGCUUGUAAUAGAGACGUAAAACUGCUCUCUGACAUCCGUAGGUAAUUGUGGAAAUCAUCAGGGUUUCUUUCUCGCAGCUCUUUCAAAAGACCCAUGUGGGAAAGCUUCUCACGGUUUAAAAGCCACCGUUUACUCCACAAUGAUCGCUUCUUUUUUUUCUUUUCUGCUGCUGCGUUUAAUAAGAUGAUUGCUAGCGCAGCUCUCUGCUUGUGAUCCAUAAACGAAGCCAUUGCACACAUCGUUUGUUGUUCGUCUCACACGAACGAACUUUCGGAAACAAAUGCCCAGCGACGAAGAAUGUCACGUCACUUCCUGUUUCCUGUAAAUACCGCUUCCGUCACGACCACGACAUUCGAUCGUACGUAGAUGUACGAUCGUACAUAUUUUACGAUAAUGA